AUGGUACUGGCGAAUGUGCGCGCGGGUGGCGCCAUGAUAGGAGCGGCUGUGCGCAGCGGCGCGGCGGCUUUCAGCUCAGCGGGCCGCGUGACGUUCGAGGAGCUUACGGCUGGUGCCGAUGCUGAACAGCUGCAGUUCAUGAAGGAACAGAUCGUGCAGGUGGAUGAACAAGACAAUGUAGUGGGCCCCAUCAGCAAGAAAGACGCACACAUCCACGACGGCGUGUUGCACCGCGCUUUCAGUGUUUUCGUCUUCAACUCGAAGAACGAGCUGCUGAUCCAGAAGCGCGCGAGUGAGAAGAUCACAUUCCCGAGCUUCUGGGCCAACACGUGCUGCAGCCAUCCGCUCUUUACCGAAGGCGAGCUGGAAGACGGAUUCGGAGUGAAGCGGGCUGCGAUUCGCAAACUGGAGCACGAACUCGGCAUCCCUUCGUCCAUCUUUGCCAUCGAUGACUUGGCCUACGUCUCGACGGCCGCGUCGGACGCCAACUGGACGGAGUAUGAGAUGGAUCACAUCCUCUUUGCACGUGCUGAAGUGCCACUGGACAACGUCAACAAGAACGAGGUGGAGCAGGCCGAAUUCAUUGCUCGUGAUAACCUGCCCGCACUGCUCAAUGAUUCUACGCGCAAGCUGUCGCCGUGGUUCCAUCUUAUCGGAUCGAACUUGUUGCCGCACUGGUGGGACAACCUGGACGCUGUCCUGGAGAAGGACAACAUGGACCGUCAGAUCCACGACUACCGCUAG